GCAGUCCGCGGCGGGGCAAGAUGGCGGCGCUCAGGGCUCUGCGCAGCCUCCGCGGCGUCGCGGCCCAGGCGCUGCGGUCCGGGGUCGGGGGCCGGCUGCCCGUUCAGCCCAGCAGAGGUUCUCGGCAAUGGCAGCCAGAUAUGGAAUGGGCAGAGCAGUUUGGGGGAGCGGUCAUGUACCCCACCAAGGAAACGGCCCACUGGAAGCCUCCGCCUUGGAAUGGUGAGUUCCCAGAGCUCCUGUCCCAACUCACACCCAUCCCUGCCCCACGCUGUUUUCCAAAUGCUCUUGAGCUCUCUGUCAAGGCUCUUCCAUACUUUGACCGGCUAGACUAUGUGUCCAUGAUGUGUAAUGAGCAGGCCUACUCACUGGCUGUGGAGAAGUUACUCAAUAUCCAGCCUCCGCCCCGGGCACAGUGGAUCCGAGUGCUGUUUGGAGAAAUCACACGGCUUUUGAACCACAUUAUGGCUGUGACCACACAUGCCCUGGACAUUGGGGCUAUGACCCCUUUCUUCUGGAUGUUUGAAGAGAGGGAGAAGAUGUUUGAAUUCUACGAGCGCGUGUCUGGGGCUCGGAUGCAUGCUGCCUACGUCCGGCCAGGAGGUGUGCACCAGGACCUACCCCUUGGGCUUAUGGAUGACAUUUAUGAGUUUUCUAAGAACUUCUCACUUCGGAUUGAUGAGUUGGAAGAGAUGCUGACCAACAACAGGAUCUGGCGAAAUCGGACAGUCGACAUUGGGGUCGUAACAGCCGAAGACGCACUUAACUAUGGAUUUAGUGGCGUGAUGCUGCGGGGCUCAGGCAUCCAGUGGGACCUGCGGAAGACCCAGCCCUAUGAUGUUUACGACCAGGUGGACUUUGAUGUUCCUAUAGGCUCUCGAGGGGACUGCUACGACAGGUACCUGUGUCGGGUAGAGGAGAUGCGCCAGUCCCUUCGAAUCAUCUUGCAGUGUCUCAACAAGAUGCCUCCUGGGGAGAUCAAGGUCGAUGAUGCCAAAGUGUCUCCGCCUAAGCGAGCAGAGAUGAAGACUUCCAUGGAAUCACUGAUCCACCACUUUAAGUUGUAUACAGAGGGCUACCAGGUUCCCCCGGGGGCCACGUACACUGCCAUCGAGGCUCCUAAGGGAGAGUUCGGGGUGUACCUGGUGUCCGAUGGCAGUAGCCGCCCUUACCGAUGCAAGAUCAAGGCUCCUGGUUUCGCCCACCUGGCCGGUUUGGACAAGAUGUCAAAGGGACACAUGCUGGCGGACGUUGUUGCCAUCAUAGGUACCCAAGACAUUGUGUUCGGAGAAGUGGAUCGGUGAGCAGGGGAACAGCGUUUGAUCUCCCUGCCGGUCUGCUUCCUCCUCAGAGCCUGGCCGUCUCUGGAAAAGGACUCUGUGUGUGUGUGUGUACACGUGCGUGAACAUUUAGCUGUCAGGCUUUCCGUGCAUGUACCAGAAAAGGAGAAAUUAUAAUAAAUAAGCCGCCUUCCGGC